GGCAACACAAAAUAUUUAAGUGCCUUUAAACGGGGUAUGGUAGUAGGUGCCAGGUGAACUGGUUUGUGUCAACAUUAGAAUUCAACAACAAUUUUUCAACAACAUUACAACAUUAGAAUGCAAAGAAAAACAUUAUCUAGCAGUCCUUGGGAUUGAAUGCAGUGCUCUCAUCCAUGGAAAAAUACCUUGUAUCCUCCUGUCUUGUGUGAAAGCUGGAUGAUCCCUGUUGCUACAGAAACGAUUGCCACUGUACACACACUCUCACCAGGAUGGCUGAAGAACGCAGGGUCUGUAGCAGUGCCCCACAAGUUGAGUCAAAGCCUCCCUCUUCAAUAAGGGAACUGGAAUCUAAAAACUUGCAUCUCAGAAGGAAGUUAAGCUCAGUGGAGGAAGAAAGUGUUUCUGUGAUGCAAGAAAACAGACAACUGAUCAUUGAAUUGGAAGCAGUGAAUCUCGAACUUGCCAGCUCCAAAACCAAAGUCCGGGUUCUGGGUUCCACCGUAGGGUCUAAGACUUCUAGUGUGUGUCAUAUGAAGGAGGAGAUUGAGGGUAUGAAGGCUGAGGUUGAGGCCCAAGGGAAUGCACUCAGAGAUACAGAAAAGAGGCUGGAGGAGACUGAAGAGACAUUGGUUAUUAAGAGCAGACUAGUGGACCAGCUACAAGAGGAGCUGAAGGCUGCUAGGGCUGAGUUAGAAAACAGGACUAAUCAGGGGAUAAGAGUUGAGCAACAGAGAAAGGAAGCUCUUGUUACUGCAGAGAGGCAGACAUUGGCUCUCCGGAGUUACAAGGGAAAUAUGUCUGAGAAACUGAAGAAGGUGUUGGACAACGAGGCCAGACUGAAGGAGGCUCUUAUCCAGUGUGAUAAAGAGAGAGUGGUGUGGGAGAGGAGGUGUCUUCAGCUAGAGCAGGACAAGACCGAAAUGAACCAGCUGAUCGGCCAGUUGAAGGAAGAGUCGGUCAGAGCCAAGGCGAUGAGUGUAGAGAGCGCCACGUUGCGUUCUCGUCUGGAAGAGGCCUCUGUCCGGGCUGUGGAGCUGAAGAGAAGACUGAGUGACAGGGAGAUAGUUGAGAAGGACAUAGAGGUGUUGCGGAAGGAGUGUAGGGACCUACGCCACCUCACUACCAGCCAGGAGCAGAGACUGGAGCACUGUCAGAGAGAAGCACAGCAGAGCCAGGCUGAACAGGCCAGCCUAGAGGCCAUCCUCAGCCUCCUGCAUCUUAGAGAGAGUGGAGGGGGAUCACUCUGUGCUAAGCCUUGUCUGCCAGCUCCAUUCUGUGAUGUCCCCAAACUCAAGCCAGGGGAGCAGUACCAGCAGCUGCUGCCUGUGUUGCAUGCUGUGGAGCAGGAGAGAGUCAGGCAGGCAGCUCUAGCCCUGGACCUGCAGGAGAGACUAAGGCAGGCCCAGGUGGAGCUGACUGCCCUACAGAACAACAUGAACCAGAGAGACCUCCAGCUACAGAAACUGCACAAAGAGCUGCAGGAGAGGACAGUACAAAUUAACCAGCUGGAGAGAGAGGCGGCUCUCGUCCUGGGCCUGCAGGAGAGACUAAGUAAGGCACAGGAGGAGAUGACUACCCUACAGAACAACAUGAACCAGAGAGACCUCCAGCUUCAGAAACUACACACAGAGCUGCAGGAGAGGACAGUACAAAUUAACCAGCUGGAGAGAGAGUUAAGGAGGAAGAACGUCUGCCUGGCAACUACAGUGCAACAGUUAGAGAAGAAAGAUGCAGGACUUUCACAGGCUGUAGAGAAGACCACUGAGUUGGAGCAGAACCUGCUGGAGAAGAGCAGCAGUAUCCAGCACUUUAAAACCACUCUGGACUUGAAGAAGAGGGAUUUCCAACAGGAGUUGGAGGAGACUCAGAGAGUUGGCUCAGAGCAACGUAAGGAGCUACAGGAUCAAAUCAAAAUGUUGCACUCUCAGAAAGCAGAGCUGGAGAAAGACUUGUCUUCAGCCCAGCAUGAGAGACAGGUGGCCCAGCACAGAGCAGAGAGACUUCAGACCUCCCUCAGCCAGCUCACGCAUGAUACAGAGACGAGAGCCAAUCAAGACCAGGAGGCCUUGAGAGCUCUCAGAGUGCAGGCAACAGAGUAUACUACCAAGGUGAGGUUUUUGGAGACAGCCCUGACAACAUGCCAGGAUGAGUUGAGCGACUGUAUGCUACAGAUAAAGGGAGUGAAGGGACGCUACGAGAGAGAGCUGGAGACAAACACUAAAGAAGUGGAGGCUCUGCAGGCGGAGAUGAGGGGUAGCUCUCUGGUGUGUCAGAGCUCCAGUGAGCAGAACUUGCAGCUGCAGCACACCGUCCAGAGACAGCAGACCAUGCUGCAGGAGAGCACCUCCCGUGUGGCGGAGCUAGAGGACAGACAGGCGCUGUUACUGGAGCAGGUGGGCCGCUUGGAGAAGGACCUGGAGAAAGAGAAGGUGUUAGCCUUCAAAGAGCUGAAGAGGAGAGACCAGAGAGCCCAGGAGGCCAUAGAGGGACUGCAGGAGGCUAGUCAGCAGGCAGCGAGACAUGAAAGAGAAGCCCUGCAACUCUCCAACUCUGUCACGCAGUUGUCAGAGGACAUGAAUAAGGUUCAGGGAGAGCUGAGUGAGCGAGAGCAGCAGAUGCUGCUUAUACGGAGAGACAGCGACACCAAGGCCUUACAGCUCUCUAAGAUGGAGAAGAUGCUAGCUGAGACCAGAGGAAAGCUGGACAAGAAGACAGAGUCUGGUACGGAAAGUAAAGGGCGGGACAACCGAGACAAUAUGGUCCAGGAUCUGGAGGAGAAGGUGCGUUUCACCAGGAAGGACAGGAGGAACUCCCUCCACCGCACCCAGCUGCUGGAGAGCCAGAUGAAGACGGUGAAGGGAGAGCUGGUGGACACACUGGACCACCUGCAGGAGCUACGAGACCGGCUGAGACGCUCACAGGCCAACGCAGAGCAGCGCAAAGUUGACAUGGAGAAACUGCAAGCAGGGAUGAGGAAGCCUUAGUCCAGGGCCAGCAGCUGUUUCUGUGCAGGGAGAAGCUCCAGAGGACAUCUCACAACCAGGAGAUGCAUAGUCGCUGUGAGAGCCUGGCAAUACAGCUAGAAGAAAGUGUUCAGUUAUGCCGUGAAAAGGAGAACCAUGCCAGGCAUAUGGAGGAGGAGCAGGGGAGGAUGGAGGAGCAGGCUGCCCAGACUGAGGCCAGACUCCAGGCCACAGUGGCCUCCCUCAGACUGGAGCUCGACACACUGAGAUUGCUGCAACAGAAUGAGCUGUCAGCUCUACAGGAGAGCCAGGCGGAGGUGCUGAAGGCGUCAGAGUGUGUCUCCGCCACCCUACGCUGCUCCCAGGAUCAGCUGACCUCUGAACUACAGCAUUACAGACUGCAGCUGGAGGAGGCCCAGCACAACACCACCGCCCUGUUGGCAGAACUCAACACCAGAGAACAGCUGCUGCAGACGACCAGCGAGACUCUGCUCAUCAAGGAAUCCGAAAUGACACGUCUAAGGACCAAGAUCUCCAGCUUUGAGAGAAGCAAGGAGCUCCAUAAGCUAGCUGUUUGCUCUUGUAUCAGGUCACAACCCUACAGCCCCCUCCCUACUCCCACCACAAAGUAAGAGAGAAGACCGAAAAAGAAUACCUUUGUCGACAAAUAUACAUUUUAUUUUGAAAAUUAGAAAGUACUUUCGGACAAAUUAAAUGCUUUUGUUUUUAUUGUAUUGUCUAGUAGCAUGCACAAAUGCUUGGUGGAGUGUAAUGUGCUGAUUCAGAAUGCACUUUUGAUUGUGCAUAUGACUAUUUGUAUUUUGUUGUUUACUAUUACAGUAACAUUCAGCAGGUCUAAACACCAAUUCUAAUUAUUGACAACAUAUGCUAAACCACUGUGAAACGUGGCAGUGUUACAGCAGUGUUACGCCCUUAUUUGUCUGUUCCAAGUGAUCUGUGCCAUUAGUAUUGCUGCACGGAGAAGAGCUGCUCUCUGCAGGAAAUUAAACGGAGCAGCAUCUGCAGGCGAUUUGAUCCUAAUGCUACCUCCAAAUCGCUUCCCUUGCUCAUCCUAGGAGUGGCUAUGUAGAAUCCCUUAUGAUCCUAGGAGAUCUGGAGCAAAGCAAUCUGGCUGUGUCACAAAUGGCACCCUAUCCCCUACAUAGUGCACUACUUUUCACCAGAGCCCUAUGGGACCUGAUCAAAAGUAAUGCACUAUAGGGUUCCAUUUGAGAAGUAUUCGUUGUCUCUGCCAGGUUUACGUUAAAGGUGAGCCAUUCAAAAAUCAUGUAAUUGCACAGAGUGAGUCCAUGCAACUUAUUAUGUGACUUGUUAAGCAAAUGUUCACUGGUUAACUUAUUUAGGGUUGCCAUAACAAAGGGUUUGAAUACUUCUUAUUGACUCAAGACAUUUCAGCUUUUCAUUUUUUAUUAAUUCGUUAACAUUUCCAAAAAACAAAAUCCACUUUGACAUUAUGGGUUAUUGUGUGUAGAUCAGUCACACACAUGUUUAAUUUAAUACAUUUUAAAUUCAAGCUGUAACACAACAAAUUGUGGAAAAAGUCAAGGGGUGUGAAUUCUUAAUGAAGGCACUGUGUAUCCUCAAUCUCUCUUCAAUUUGAUUGUCUUUUAGGACAAGAGCAGACUCAAGAUAUUCACAGAUUGUGUCUGGAUAUGUUUGUCGGUGUGUUUUUAUUUACGUGUGUGUGUUUGUAACAGCAUGCCUGCAAGUGUGUGUGCGCGUGCCUGCGAGUGUGUGCGCGCUUCUGUGUGUGUGUGUGUGUGUGUAUACAACAGACAAAAGCAGCAGAAUGUGCUGAGGCAGCAGUCUGUGGUAGGAGUGAUGGUGAUGGACCCAGCCCUAACCUGAGGCGACUGCUAGCCCUCAGUCAUUCCAGGGCAGAGGUACAUGCCUGCCCCCUCUGUCACACUGCCACGUGGGGAACAAAGUGGCCAAAUACCCCAGCUGCUGACAGCUCAGCACCACACAAUAGCAGCCAGAGACACAGGCUGCAGCCCAAAUGGUACCCUAUUCCCUAUACAGUGCACUACUUUUGACCAGAGUCAUAUAGGUAAAAAGUAGUAUAUAGGGAAUAGGGUGCCAGUUGGGAUGCUACACAGGCCCAAGCUGCUGAACUCAACUGCCAAUGUCCAGCCACAUUCUUUACGCAUCACACUUGAUUUAGUCUCUUUGUGUGCGUGCGCCUGAACCAAAAUGCAUACAUUGGGUUCCUGCGCUGGACACUGUCUUUUUUAUCUCUCUAUUAGACAGUAUUCUUCCUCUUCCUUCUAAGUGUCCCUGACACAAACUUAAUUUUUCACACACUGUAAUGGAAAAGUGUAAUUUAUACGGUCAUUUUGGGUAUUGUCAACAGUCAAAUGCUUUAAAACAUUUUACUGCAGCAUACUUUAAAUUAUGGUACAUUAUGGGGAAAUGUGGGUGGGGAAAUAAUUGCUGUAUUUCUAAUGGUACUGUAAUUCUACCCAACAGAAUACAGUACCAUUCCGUAUUUUUGUAAUACCAAAAAACUUUGGAGCACUAGUGGGUGCAUGGUAUUGUUGUUUCUGACUUAUUAACAUGUUUUGAGAGGUACCUUGUAAGAGCCUAUAUUUGCUGCGAUAUGAAAUACAGUAACUUACUUGCCAAUGAGCUGCCUGUAAGUUACUGUCAAAUUCACUGCAAUUCACAAUAAAUUACUUCAAUAAAUGACUUUUUCAAAGAAGAAGAAUCCAACAGGCUUAUUCUUAAUGCACUGCUUAGGGUUUUCAUUCUCCAAAAUUGUUCUAUAAUCUUUUUACUCUCAGAUUU